AAAAAUGCCAGCAAACAAUCAGGGGAUGGUCUCAUCGACCCACUUUUAAGUUUUAAAUUAUCAAUAGCAUAUUUAAAUUGUAUACUUGAAGUAGGUGCACAAGUUUAAGAGCUACAAAUGAAUUUCUCCAUUUAAAUAUGACCGUCAAUAAGUGACAAUUAUGUUCCCCGAGUAAUGGAGUAUUUUUGUUACCUUUUCCCUAAAUUAAAUUUCUAGUUUUUUGUUCUGUGCUCUAUCCUUUUUUCCUCCAUUUCCACCACAAUUUUUCUGCUACCAGAAAGAGCUAUAAAUACUAACAACUUAGUAGUAGCAAAAAGGCGGAGUGAAUUCCAUCCAUGGUUUCUCUCUGGCUAGCUAUUGCAUUAAUUGUCCUGUUUUUUCUUCUUCAAGAAUUAAUGCGAAAAAAGAAGAAACUUCCACCAGGGCCAAGAGGGCUUCCAAUUCUUGGAAAUCUACACAUGAUAAGCGAUAAUCUUCACCAAGAUCUUUAUAAAAUAGCCAAGAAAUAUGGCCCCAUAAUGACUAUUCGCUUUGGUCUUGUUCCUGUCAUUGUUGCUUCCUCUCCUCAUGCUGCAGAACAGUUCUUGAAAAACCAUGAUUCGAUUUUUGCCAGCAGACCGUACAAUGAAGUUUCUCAGUACAUCUUUUAUGAACGGAGGAAUCUUGUCUCAGCCAAAUACGGACCAUAUUGGAGAAACAUGCGCAAAUUGUGCACUUUGCAUUUGCUAAGCAACGCCAAGAUCCAUCAAUUUCAGCCUAUGAGGAAACAAGAAGUUGGAAUUCUUGCGAAUUUCCUCAAACAGGCGGCAUCUGAAGGCACUGUGAUUGAUCUAAGUGCUAAAGUUGCAUCUCUUAGUGCAAACAUGUCUUGUCUGAUGAUAUUCGGGAAGAAGUACAUGGAUGAGGAUCUUGGCGAAAAGGGCUUCAAAGCUUUAAUUCAAGAUAUACUACACAUAGCAGCAUUGCCAAAUAUUGCGGAAUUCUUUCCAUUCCUUCGUGUGCUUGAUCUCCAAAGAUUCACUCAUCGUAUGAAGGAAUUAGCUCAGCUUUUUGAUGGGUUCUUGGAGAGGGUUGUCGAUGAACAUGUUAUUCAAUCCACUGAGCAGCAGAAGCAAGCCACAGAUAUGGUUGAUACACUGAUGGGCAUUAUGCAAUCUAAAGAAGCUGUAUUCGAGUUUGAUCGGCGACAUGUCAAGGCUGUUUUGCUGGACUUGCUAAUAGCAUCUACAGAUACUUCAUCAACAACAAUUGAAUGGAUUCUAACAGAACUUUUAAGGCACCCUGAUGUGAUGAAAAAACUCCAGAGUGAAUUGGAACAAGUAGUUAGUAAAAACAGGAUGGUAGAAGAAUCAGACUUAGAAAACCUACAAUAUUUGAAUAUGGUCAUAAAAGAAGGUUGUAGGCUUCAUCCAGUUGCUCCAUUAUUGAUUCCUCAUGAGUCUAUUGAAGAUUGCACGGUUGAUGGUUUUCAUAUACCUAAAGGAUCCCGCCUUUUGGUUAAUGUUUGGGCAAUAGGGAGAGAUUCAGAUACUUGGCUUGAGCCAGAAAAGUUCAAACCGGAGAGAUUUCAAGGAAGCAACAUUGAUCUCAGAGGACAAAAUUAUGAACUUUUACCAUUUGGCUCGGGCAGAAGAGGCUGUCCUGGUUUGCAAUUAGGGCUCACCAUCGUUCGUUUGGUGGUCGGACAAUUGGUUCACUGCUUUGAUUGGAAGCUACCAAAUGACAUGCUGCCAGAAAAUAUUGACAUGACUGAAAAAUUUGGAUUAGUAACAGCUAGAGCUCAGCAUCUAAUGGCAAUUCCUACUUAUCGACUGCAUAUGAAGUAAAAUGCAAAUGUUGAAAUAAGUCAAAGAUUUGCACUGCCUUUGAUUUGAAUAUGAAAGUAGAAAAGGGGGUGGUCAAUUGAAUUGUAGCCUUUUUAGUAGUCGAAGCACUGAAGAGGUAGUCCACUAAAGUAGAUAGUAAAGCAGAAGUAAAUAGCUUGGUGAAAAGUAAACUACAAGAAUUAUAAAUGACAGACAUAAUUUAUACUGAUUUGGAUUCAAUGUAAUGUUCUAAUCAAGUCUCCUUAAAUUACAAAAAGUUAUAUCGGA